AUGGACCAGACCGCAAAUAGCCAAGUAUGUGGACUCGCAAUAGAAAAUGUAGAAUCGCCUGUUGAUUUAUCUAACGAAGAAGAGUCAGAAAUUGUCCAAAAAGAUAGAGGAACUAAAAAAUUUGACAAACUUAAACUUUCUGAAGACGAAAUUGAAGAGAGGCGGCGGGCAGCCAACUGUAUGGAGAGACGCCGGAUGAAGAAAAUGUCGGACGCUUUAGCGAAUUUGAGAAAGUGUAUCCCUGUACAACAUCACUUACUUCACAGAAGAAUGUCCAAGAUACGGACCCUGAGACUCGCUAUAGCUUACAUAAAAGCAUUGAGGGACAUGCUUGUAAACGACGACCAAAGACGACAAAUGAUUGCAGUGACACAACCAACAUUCCCAGCCGGAACUAUGAGACUUCCUCAUGAACCGUUUUCACCACUGAGAAACAGCAUGGUUAUCGCAGCUUAUGCUGCUCAUGGAGCCGCCCAAACUCCCAAAAGACAACUCAUGUUUUCCCCGAAUUUCAGCUUCCAGGAAGUUCCCAAAUCUCAUUUUCAGACACCUGGAACCAGUCGUCACCCUGCGUACCAAACUCCCGAGAGUUAUCCGUUAUUCGGACAACCUUGCUUCCGGACUCCCAUUUCCGGGAAACCAGUUGCAGAGCACACAAUUACUUCUCCGGAAGACGAGAAAGAACAGGGAAACCAGCGCGUCAUCGGCGGAUACACGCUAUUCCAGACCAGUCAUGAUAGAUCUCCCUUUCCUGUUGGAAUACGGCAGAGUUCUUCCUGUCGAUAUGCCGCGGAAGACUUAGAUGGUGUAUGUCCCCUGCCGGAAGAUGAAAUUCCCAGAGAACGCACAUGA